AAAAAAAACAAAAAUACAACAAUUAUAAAAAAAAAAAAAAAUAAUCUGGCUUAUCAAAUCCAUUCAUGUGUAUUUGUUUCAAUGUACUCUCAUACAUCAAUAACACAGAAAAAAAUCGCAUAAAAAAAUUUACACAAAGAAAUCGCCACAAGUAAACAGAAAAUCAAAACCUUCAUUAAAAACGUGAGUUAAACUCUCAGAUUUAUAAAAAUCAAUGUGUUAAUACAAGAAACUUGUUCGAAAUCUCUAUAUGAGUUUCUUGAAGAAAACAAGGCUAGCAGAUUGUCUGAAGACGUCGAACUACCAACAACGGAUAAAAAACCCUUAAACAAAAAUCGCCACAAAAAAUUUGAGAAAUAAUUAAAUGAUAAAAUAUUUAAAAAGUGUGAAAUUUCUUAAAUCACAGAUAUCUAUUCUUAAAAGAUUCUGAGUCUCUUUUAAAAACAAAGAUUUAAAUAAACAUACUGAGGUACAUAAAAGAAAAAUUAAAGAAAAUCGAGCUUCAAAAAAGUAUUCGGAAAAAAAAUCAUAAAAAGCUAAGAAAAAUUGAAAAAGGGAUUUUCAAGAAAAAAAUCCUAUUUUUAAAGAAGAAACUGGAAAACUAGAAAAACCUCGAAGGAGUAAAAUCAAUUAAUUGGGUGUAAAAUAUAUAAAAAAUUUAAAACGCCAGAAAAAUUCUAUAAAAAAAUUCCUAAACUAUUAAAUACUCAAAGUAAUUGGAAAAAGCAGUGACAUUUUAAACAUUCUAAUACAAAAAUCACAACUACAAUUUUUAUAUAUGAAAAUAUUUCUCAAAAACAAUAAUAAUUUGUGUGUUAAAAACAAAUAAAAUGCAUACCAACAAUCAAAGUUUAUGAUAUUAGAAAAAAUAAAGAAAUCAAAAUAAAAAAGAAAGAAACCAGAAACCCAAGAGCAGCUUUUUAAUCCUUAAAACAUUUCACUAAAGAUUCUAAUUUAAAUUCUGCUUAUCCCAAGAGAAUUCAAAAAACAAUUGUCAAAACGGCUGUUUUAAAAGGCAAAGCCUGGCUUGCUGCUGCAGCAUUCUCAAUUCCAAAAAAAAAAAAAAAUACAGAACUCAGUUUGUUGUCACAUUACAAACGAAAGGAGAAAUUUGAUUUUCAACCAUAAAGUUGCAAUAAAUGGAGAAAAUUGAACGUCUUUAUCAGAAGUUGUCAUCCCUCAAUGAGUAUCCGGAGAGUUCUAUGUGCCUGAAAAACAAGAUGCUGUUAAAAAUCGAAAAUACUUUAUUGCGUAGCCAUCGUCAACGUGAGACCACCGGUAUUAAGAAGCUCUACAAUUCCUUUUUUGUAUUGUUUUAAUUUCAC